ACCACACGUGUCUGAGAGGCUUUCACAUCAGUUUCUGUCCAGAUGUGAUAUUUGUGCCAAAAUAGGAUUAAGACAGUCUGCAUUUUGCAGGGCAUUCAUAUUCCAAAAUGACUGACUACGCAGAAGAGCAGCGGAACGAAAUAGAGGCCUUAGAGGCAAUAUACCCUGAGAUUGAAAUUUUAGAAACUCAACCAUUUCAUAAAUUUCAACUUGAACUGAAAUCACAAGAUGCCGAGGAUGAUCCAGAACAUGCAGCCACUGCCACCAUACUAUUUACAUAUGUGGAGAAUUACCCAGAUGUGGCCCCAGUCAUGGAGGUAGCUGAAUCAGAGAAUUUGUCAGAGGAACAGGUGGAUGUGUUGUUAAGGGUUAUGAAUGAACAGGCAGAGGAGAAUGUUGGUAUGGUAAUGGUGUUCACAAUAGUGUCAGCUGUGCAGGAGAAACUCAGUGACCUUGUGGAGGAGAGCAAGACACAGAAACAGCUAGAGGAGGAGAGGAGGAUAAAAGCAGAGGAGGAAGCCGAACAGAAACGAUUUGAGGGGACCAGAGUAACAAUAGAAACAUUCUUAGCCUGGAAGAUGAAGUUUGACGCUGAAAUGGCAGAGAAAGACCGACUUCUCGGCAUAACUGAGACUACCUCCAAAAAACUUACAGGGAAGGAAUUAUUUCAAAGAGAUGCCACUCUUAAUGAAUCUGAUGUUAAAUUUUUACAGGAAGAAGGAGAAGCUGUGGAAGUUGAUGAGUCAUUAUUCCAGGAUUUGGAUGACCUAGAACUAGCUGAUGAAGAUCUAGAGGAUGGGUGAUUUAUUAAAUAUUUAAACCAUUUAUGUUAAAUGAUUUUAUACACACAAUUGCUUGUACCAUAUUACAAA